UGAUUUUAUGUACGUACCAUGCAAUCACGACGCGUCGUAAAGCUUUAACACCAUAUCACGAAUAAAACAAGUUACGUUUGUCUACUGUAACCAGCGGAAUAUAUCAAGAUGGCGCAUCCCGUUCUUAGUGUAGAUUCUCGAGAGAAUAUCCAGAAGAAAGCUCAAGUCCAUUUACUACCAUGUCGCAUACAUCACGACGGUAACGUCAACCCAGUCGAAACAUACUGGAGCCCUAGUGAGAAUGAAGACAACACAAAGACGGCUUAUCUCAGGGGUCGUAAGCUUCAAGGGAAAGCUGUGAAGUUACCAGAAGGUUACUACGGCUCCGUCGCUGAGAAGUCGGCACCGAAGAAGCCUGAACGAAGCCAAGAGGAAAUGGUUGAGGAUCUUGAAAUUAUAGAAGACCCGAACGACCAACUGGAAGUGGGCGCAAUGCAAGGAAAAGCGACCUUUGACGAAUUUGUGGUCUGGAACCACGAGACUCUGGCCAAUUCUAGCGAGGAUCCGUACUUAAGAGGCAUGGAAGAAUGGAUAUCCUUUGCAGGACAGAUACACUCAUAUCCUUCAGUGAAGGAUUCGAGGAAAUAAAAGAAAACAUUAUUUAUAUAGCUGCUCUGGGUAACUCGAUGAUUUACACAAUCUCUACCUAGGUAAACUAGGGCAUUUGGGAUAGGUACUACCCAGGUAGGUAAUGUUAGGUACCUGUUAUUCGCGGUUAUUAAGGUGCGGCGUCAAGGAGUUUGAUGGAAUUAUACAUGCAUGAAUUAUUUUAGUAGUAAUAGUACAAGAAUUUACAAGAAUUUACAUUGUGA